AUGCUACCCAAGUUGCUCCAGGCGUCCAAGGACAGUGUCCAGGUUCUCCAGGUGUUCAGCUUCAGUCUGCCCCGAGGGUGUGUGGAAGGUUUGGGAAUGACACCACAGGAAUAUAAUCUGCUUUACGCCAUCUACGCCUGGACGAAUGCUGUGGUGGUGAUCAUGGCUGGGUUCCUCAUUGACAAACUGGGAAACGGCUUUGGCGUGUUCCUCUUCUCAUUCCUGACUGUAUUGGGCUCGGCCAUCUUUGCGUUGGGAUCUCAUUUUAAAGGCACAACGUACCUGCUGCCUCUCAUGCUGACGGGACGACUUCUGUUCGGUUCUGGAAACGGUUCCCUCACCAUUGUGCAGAACCGCAUCCCCGCGUUCUGGUUCUGCAGGAAGGCGCUGCCGCUGGCGUUUGCUCUGAUGUCUUCCCGCUUGGGUUCCGUUCUGAAUUUUUUCUUCUCUAAGAUCGAGUCUGGCAUGCAGUGGAGAGUAUGCACGGAAGAUUACUACAAAUUCAUUAAAAACAUUCUUACCAUCAUGUUCUUUUAUAACGGGAUCUUUCCCUUCAUUGCUGAUGCCAGUAAGUUUAUCCAGGAUAAAUACAGCGGGUACAGUCAGAAGGAAGCGGCGUACAUCGCAGGUGCUGUGUAUGACAGUUCUCUGGUCCUCUCUGCUGCUGUGGGAAUUCUUAUUGAUUAUGUGGGUCUAGUGUUCGCAGUGUUGUGUGCUGUCUUGACUCUUCCUGUGUUUGGACUCCUGGCCUUCACUUUUGUCCCUCCUCUUGUAUCAACCAUCUGGCUGGGCAUCACUUAUUCAUUUGCUGCUAUCCCACUGUGGAGAUGGCAAUAUAUGAUGAUCUUUAUGCUUGCCAACACUGUCAGCUGCAUCAUCACCUCUAUCAUACUCAACAUCAUCGACUACAAACAGGGGAACACUCUCAAUAAGAUGACUAAGAGGUCAUCAGCUCUGUGUCUCAGACCGACAGAGAACCGCUGGUGAAUGAAGAGAGAGAGGACAAUGAAGAGAUAACUGAUUCGCCCUCCAUCAACAGAACCUGAAGGAAAUCAGCUUCUAUGUGUUUCUCUAUACUCUAAACUCUGGGACAUAACAGUGCGGCUAAAGGGAAAAUGUACAUUUGUUUUCAAAAAAGUGUCAUAUGAUGUUCAGUAUUAACACUAACACACAGUACAGAAUUCACAUACUCCUUGAUCUUCAGAUGGCAUUGAUUUCUGAACACUCUUUAAACUUCUGACUGGCAGUAUUUUUAAUGUAACAUAAAUUAGAUAUAACAUAUUAUAGGGUAAUAUUGUGUCUUUCUCUGUAGUGGAAUUUCUUAAUCUGUGCUUUUCAUAAGGAUGAUGUUACGAUAAAUUAUUAAAAUGACGGUUAUUGAUUUAUUUUGUGAAGCCAUUUUACAAACAUCAGGAAAAAGUGUUAACAUGAAUAUGAGCCAGAUUUAUAAUGCAUUUUAAAAUUGUGUUACCUUGUUUUUACAGCUACUUACAAAAUUAACAAAUGUCAAUUUUGCACCCAUUUUUUUUUUUAACAAAAAAGUGUUGUACUCCAAUUAUAUUUUAAAGUGUAUAGUCAUUGCACAAUUACAAAUACAUAUGUUCAUAUAUUACAUUUUUAUACAUGUGUAAUCUUCAAUAAAAACAAUGAAUCGUUACAUAAAUUAUUAAGUUUUCUCUUCUGAAAAAUCUGUCCAGUGUUUGACGUCACACAGCCUCUUGGGGGCGCUGGAGAGCUACUCAAGUGGGAUUGGUCG